AUGGCGAACGUAGCUACCCGUAAAAAAUCAAUAGCAGCAAAUCCCGGUCUUGUAAUCGAAACUCCAGUCGCUAACAACAAUAUCCUCAACAAGGCAGCUUCUCAAUCAACAUCUCUCUACCAGCAAUGCUCUUCAUUGCGAACUCGUUUAAUGCGCAUCCCUGGCUUUUCCGAUUUCUUCAUACUGUCAUCUCAGUCAGGCUCUCUUCGUCAAUCUACCGAUCCUGUCACGCAAUUAUGGGACUGCUUCUCACUCGGAAUAUCACUCUGUUUCCUAUACGAACUUCUUCCUGGAAGAACAAAUCCACCUACAGUCAAGACGGAUCCUUCUGUUUUCGACGUCAGUAAUGAACGCGCAAAGAAACACGCUAUUGCAAUUUUUGUCAUGAAUAUCAAGAAUCUGGACAACUGCGAGCAGUUCACAGUGACAGAUUUAUGGGAGAGACACUCUACAGAUGGUCUGGUCAAGGUUGUCAGCACUGUGACCACCAUUGUUAACAUGUUGCCGUCUGCAUUAUUCGAUGCAGCGCCUUUGUCACCACCAUUGAUGCCUACGCAUGAUUCACUUGACUCAUUAGUGGGCGAUAUACAACAUACGCCCAUUCCUGCCUGCCCACAGGAUACCGCCCGGAAUAAUAUUAUCAGGGAGUUGGUAGAGACCGAACGGAAAUACGUCCAAGACUUGGAGAGAUAUGCUACGGCGUUGUCGCAAAGCAAUACAAUUGACCAAGACACCAUCCACUACCUUUUCCCAGGACUGAACAAACUUUUGAACUUCCAAAGGAAAUUCCUUAUUCGAUUGGAAAGCACCGCAGAGAUGGCGUGGCGGGAUCAACGCUGGGGACUUCUCUUUCUGGAAAAUGAAGAGGACUUUGCAGUAUAUGAACCCUACUGCGCAAACUAUACCAAUGCAGUAGAUCUAAUGGUGGCCGAGGAGCAGAAUCUUUCGGUGAGCUUGCUAGUUCCUGUACCUUGGGCUGUUCCACCGUAUGGCGUCCAUAAUAAUUUGAUCAACGCCAAAUCGGAAUUGCCUGCUUUUUUGAUCAAACCAGUCCAGCGAAUUUGCAAAUACCCACUGCUCCUUGACUCACUCAUUAAGGCUACAUCUGCCACUGAUUACCCGCAAUUUGAGGAACUGCAAGCUGGAUCGGCUGCCGCUAAGCGCAUUACCGAUAAGAUCAACGAGGCACAAAGACGGGCCGAAAACGUCCAGACAGUUAAAAAUCUGGAAGGCCGCGUACAAGACUGGAAGGGUCAUCACUUAUCCAAUUUCGGUACUCUUCUCCUCGACGAUAUAUUCACCGUCACCAAGUCUGACGUCGAUCGGGAAUACCACGUAUUUCUCUUCGAGAAGAUCAUACUUUGCUGUAAGGAGGCAGUACCUCCCCCUCAAAAUAGCAAACGCGGUGGAAAGAAUAAUUCUAUUCUUAAGAAGCAGAAUGGCUUACAUGUGCCUGCUCCGCCACCCAUGACUUCACCAAACAAACGCAAGGACACUCCUCUCCUGCUGAAAGGUCGCAUCUUCUUGAACAAUGUCACCCAAGCUAUCCCCAGCUCGAACCGGAAUUCAGUUGCGUCAUCGACAGUUAACCCCCAUUCCCUGGCUGUGUGGUGGCGAGGCGAUGAUGACCUCGAGUUCUUCACCCUUCGUUGCAGAUCCGAAGAGCAACUACGACAGUGGGAAGCUCAAAUUAAUCGCCUCAUCAAGGAAGUUGCCAGUCGAAGGGCAUCAGAACGAAAUUUCUCCCAACUCAUGGCUCAACACAGCAUUCAUGCAUCCGUUCCUGCUGUGCAUAUGGCACGUUCACCGUCAUAUGUCCAUGACCGUGGUUCCUCGUCGAUGUCACAUGCUCACCCCCCACAUAGCCUUCCACCUCAUCCAGCCAGCACUCGCCAUCGUGUCAAUGCAUACAGCACCAGUGAUGAUGUCUCGGUGGCUGGAUCUUAUUCUAAUGGUGGCCAACCUGGCUACCCGUCCUCCGAGGGUUUCGGGUUCGAUCCAGAGGACGAGUGUGAGGAUUACCCUCCUGCAAGCCUACCGCCAUCCGGUCGUGGCACACCCAUGGGUAUGCAUCGAAUGCAGAGCAUGCCUGUUGAGCCACGCGAGUCAACUAUUGUCGAUGACCGUCCCCGAGCCAAGACGGAAGACAUCAAUGGUCACGUCAUGUCGCAAUGGCGGUCGAACAAUGGCGUUUUACCUCUGCCACCUGGAGCCGGUCCCCCUAUCCCCCCUUCCUACCGUCCUAUGGCGAACAGGAUCAAUUCUGCUGCAAGCUUUGGAACAGACCGUCCGCCUCGAAUGCCUUUGCAAGGCCAAAUCAGCUCGUCGAGGCUAAAGGCCUUGUAUGAUAGUGGUGGUUCCCGUAGUGUUACAACAUCACCAGCUAUGAAUGGCAGUACUGCACCUCCGUUGAGCAGAUCACGGAGUGCUAGUCAGCCUAGCGCAUACGUACCACAAGUGCCUGCGCCUCCUCCUGUUCCUAGCAACGUAAAGUGGACUCACCGUUCAGAGGAUUCUGCUACUUCUAGUAGCAAACGGGGUAGCGGAUCGAGUCAGUCGACGGGUGGGGGUUCGUCAGAAGAGUCACCACACAGCUCCUCGCCGAUCACUCCAUUUGGAUCCAGCGAAUCAUCUCUUGGUGGUGGUCCGGCUCUCCGAUCUCCUCGGUCACAGACGUUUGAGAACAUGGUAUCUAACGGCGCCGCCCACUUCGCUUUUUCACCUCCAGUCAAGGUGAAAGUCCACUUCAACGAAGACAUAUUCGUCAUCCAGGUCCCGCGAAGCACAGAAUAUUACGACCUUGUCGACAAAGUCGGCAAGAAAAUACGUCUUUGUGGUCCGCGCCGCGAUGAUAUCCCUUUGCGGGUAAGAUAUCAGGAUGAGGACGGAGAUAUGGUCUCUCUAGGCUCCACCGAAGAUGUUCAAAUGGCUUUCGAGUCGUUCCGACCAGGCGGACAGGUCACACUCUACGUGACAUGA